AUGUUGCGCACAUUGUUGGAUUGUUUGUUGAUCAGCACCGCCUAUGUUGCACCAUUCUACCUUCAGACGGGCCUGUCCCGGUCCCACACCAAAGUCAUCCUCUCAAGAUUCCUCUCUACAGCACUCGUCUGUGCCGUGGCUUGGCUGCCCCUUUUCUUCGCCCUUUCCAGGCUGCAGGCAAGUCUAACGGCGCCAGAGUCUCCUUAUAUUCUUAUUCAUGCUCUGUUGGGCUUGCGUCUGAGUGGUCUGGGUGCAGCUGUGACGCUGCCUGUGCUGCUCACGGCUGCGCUCUUUUUGGGGCCCCUCACUGUUUGGACUUUGGAUUGGUACCAGGGUGUGCUGGCUGGGCGGCGGGGUCGUCCCCUUAUACAGGUGGAGCGCUUGCAUUUGCUCUCUUUAAAGGAGCAUAUGGGUGUGCAGCUUCUGCGGGACAUAGUGAUGGGGCCUUUGACAGAGGAGUUUGCAUUCAGAUCUUGCAUGGCUCCGUUGCUCCUGCUGCAGGGGCUUAGCGCAGGCCGCACAAUUUUAGUGACUCCUUUAUUCUUUGGCUUGGCCCAUGUGCAUCAUCUGUACGAAUAUGUUGUCCAUCAGAGGCGCAGUCUGGCGACUGCCUUAUUUGCGGUGACCUUUCAAUUUGGCUUCACAACGCUGUUCGGCUGGUUUGCAACGUUUGUAUUUCUGCGGACUGGCCACUUGGGGGCGGCUGUGGCAGUACAUUCUUUCUGCAACCUUAUGGGCUUCCCGGACUUUGGAGCCCUUAGAUCUCACCCUACUAGAGGCCUUGUCCGAGCAGCAUUUGGCUUGGGUAUCUGCCUGUUUUGCGCCCUGCUUGUGCCCCUGACGCGCCCAGCACUUUAUCACAACCUAGCAACUAGCGCCGAUGCUGGCAACGCGUACCUAGCAAAGUUGCAAUAUUUGAGGCAAAGCAGUGUGUGA